GUUUAACGGGCUUCCACGCGAAAGUGAUGAACCUGAUAACCUGCAUAGCUAGAGAAUACCAGCCUACGUCGGAUAGGAUAAUGGUCGGCUUGGUGAACAUGCUCGACAGUACAUGUUCCUCUUUGGCUAAUGAGGCAGCCGUUGCUGUGAGUGGAAAGACCAUCGUGCGAGACAUCAUAGCUCACAGGAAACGGUGUGGUGACCAAGGCGAUUUGAAGACGGUGCUCCUCGGCCUAUCGAAGGCUCUAGAGUCGCUGACCACUCCUGCAGCUAGGGCUUCCAUUGUUUGGCUGUUAGCUCAAGCAGAUG